UCCGGGCUCACAGCUUCAUUUAUUCACCAUCACAUGCUCUCCUGCCUUUCCCCCUUUAUAUUCGAUAAAAAAAAUGGAGUUUCUAAAGCAAAAAAUAAAAUAAAAAAAGAACCAAAAAUAGAAACCCAUUAUCGGCAACUUGCUAUCAGGGUUCCAACUGACAUUCUACAGAUUUUUGCAGAGUUGCUUUGUGGCUUUUGAUGUCUUCAGCGAUUUGAAAUCUGAACCCGGGUUUUUGGUUUUGUUUUUUCAUUUAUUGCUGGUUUCAAUCUGAUCUCUGGGCUGGUUUUGGUAUCCAGUCAAAGUUCUAUGUCUCGUGCUUGAAUGUUCGCCACUGUUUCAUUGAUUCUGGUUUCAUCCGUGUGGAGGAUUUUUUUUGGAAGAUUUAAUGAGUUUUCAGCAGAUUGUUGAAGAGGAGGUGUUUUGCAUAUUUUUUUAGGGUCUGGAGUUUCGUUAUCCCAUGAGUAGCAGCAGAAACUGAUGAACACUCUGUGAUGUGCUAGUUGGUGUUUGAUUUUUGAGCUUGUUGGAGAUGGAAAAAAGGAAAUGGCUGUGGAAAAGGAAGUCUUCUGAGAAAAGCCCUGGUGAGACUGAAAGUUCUGGAUCAAUAUCCUCCCACUCUGAAAGAUACUCGGAUGACCAGGAUGGAUUGAAGUCAUCUCCAAAUCAUAGCACUCAGUCACCAGAAGUUACAUCCAAAGUUGCUACCAGUGGUGAUGAAGUUAAUGAUAAUGUGAAGAGUCUGACAGAGAAAUUAUCAGCUGCUCUUUUGAAUGUUGGUGCUAAAGAUGAUUUGGUUAAGCAGCAUGCCAAAGUUGCUGAAGAAGCUGUUGCAGGCUGGGAAAAGGCUGAAAAUGAGGUGGUGGUUUUAAAGCAACAACUAGAGGCUGCAGUUCAGGAGAACUUAGUGCUAGAAGAUCGAGUGAGCCGUCUUGAUGGUGCCAUCAAGGAAUGUGUUAGGCAGCUAAGACAAGCAAGGGAGGAGCAGGAGGAAAAGAUCAGCGAAGCAGUGGUGAAGAAAACCCGUGAGUGGGAAUCCACCAAAUUUGAGCUUGAGAGCCAGCUUCUUGAGCUCCAAACACAAGUAGAUGCUGCUAAAGCUGAACCUCCUGUUCCUUUUGACCCAGAUCUGUGCCAUAUGCUUCAGGCUUUGGAGAAACAGAACUCAGCCCUCAAGUAUGAGCUCCUCUCUCAAUCUGAGGAGCUUCAGGCUUUGGAGAAAGAGAACUCAACCCUCAAGCUUGAGCUCCUUUCUCAAUCUGAGGAGUUAGAGAUUAGGACAAUUGAGAGAGACUUGAGUACCCAAGCAGCAGAAACAGCUAGCAAGCAACAUUUAGAAAGCAUAAAGAAGGUAGCAAAGCUCGAGGCUGAGUGCCGAAGGCUAAAGGCCAUGGCUCGUAAAUCAUCUUCAAUCCAUGAUCAUAGAUCUGUUGCUGCUUCUUCACUUCAUAUUGAAUCUCUCACUGAUAGCCAGUCUGACAAUGGAGAGCAGUUAAACAUGGUGGAUAUCAGUCUCCACCAGACUAGCAGCUUUGAUGUGAAUGAUUGUGAACCAAGUUGCUCAGACUCAUGGGCAUCUGCCCUAAUUGCUGAGCUCGACCAAUUCAAGAAUGAAAAGGUUGUUAGUAGAAAUCUUCCUGCAUCAUCCAUUGAAAUUGAUCUCAUGGAUGAUUUCCUUGAGAUGGAGCGACUUGCUGCCCUGCCCCAGGCCGAGCAUGGAAGCCGUAGCCUUGAAUCACAAGCUGUUACCAACCAGACCAGUAAUGAAGAUAGUUCAUUGAGAGCUGAGCUUGAAACCAUGACUCAUCGGAUGGCUGAAUUGGAAGAGAAGUUGGAGAAAAUGGAAGCAGAGAAAGCUGAAUUGGAGAUAGCUCUAACAGUAAGUCAAGAUUGUAUUGAAGCAUCCAAAAUUCAGUUGAGAGAGGCUGAGAUGAAGUUGGAGGAGAUGCAAAAGGAGCUCGAUUUUGCAAAUGAAUCAAAGCAAGCCCUUGAGUCUCAACUCAUUGCAAUGGAAGCAGAGGCUAGGACCAUGUCUGCAAGGGUUGAUUCCCUAGAAGCAGAGAUAAAAAAAGAGCAUGCUAUGUCAGCAGAAAUUGGAGUCAAAUGUCAAGAAUUGGAGGAUGAACUACUGAAAAAGAAACAAGAACUCAAGUUUCAGCAAGCUGCAAGCUCAAAUAGUGAACGAAAGGUGAAGCAGGAGGAGCUAGCCAUUGCAGCUGGAAAACUUGCAGAGUGCCAGAAGACAAUAGCAUCUCUGGGGAAGCAACUAAAAUCUCUGGCAACACUGGAAGACUUCCUGACCGAUGCUGGGAACCUAGCAGACUUCUCUGGAAAAUCAGUGAUUUCUACAGCAGCAGGUGGAGAAACAUGGCAGUUGCAUUCCAAUGACACAUUUUUGCCUAGAAGAAGUGCUGAUUCUUCCAACAUGAGUGCUGAGAUUUGUGGUCCUUCAAUCAAUGGUAACAAUGGGAAUUCAUUCUCAUCUUUGUCCCUCUCAGCUUCAUCCAUAAAUCAUCUCGGCUCCGAUAAAACUCUUCAAGGGUUUGGAAACCAGUUGCCUCCAACUAGGAGUAGGAGUGGGAUUCAGCUACAAAAUCAUUGAUGGUACAUGGAAAAUGGAAAAGAAAAAACCCAAAAAAAAGAAAAAGAAAAAAAAAAAAGAGGAUUUUGAUUUUGCAUUUGUAAAACAGAGAUUUAGUAUCUGUUGAAAUAGGAAAUUGGUGAUUGAGUCCGGUGUUUAAUGGGCAGUUGUGUUCAUAUGGAUGAUGGUGUCUUAGAAUUUUGAGAAAUUAGAGAAGGUUUCAAUCACAAAUUGCAUUUUUACUUUGUUU